AUGUCAUCGCUUGCUGUUUCGGGAAUCGCUCCAUUUUUGGAUUUCGCCGAUAUCGACGCCAAGCAUAAUUCCGACCUUUCUACACGUGAUACCAUGUUUAAUGAAAUUCUUGCUAAUCGUGAUGCCCAACUUACCACCGAACUUGCCGAUCGGGAUGCCAGAUUCCAGAGGUCCAAAGAAGCUUUAAAAUGCUUAAUACUUCUACUGCAAAAUUCGGUAAUCGAACAAGUCCUUCAAACCUACCAUAAUAAUUUUGGUAGAGUCGCAACCGAAUUCGAAUCAAUCAAUGGGGGUAUUUCAACGCUCCAAAACGAAAUCAAUCGAUAUUAUGCCGUUGUCCAGGCACGAAGUGACAUUUCUCCAGAGAUAAGAAUUGAGCCUAUCGAGGAUGCAAAUCAAUCUGAAGCUCUUCCGGUUCGACCCGACGAUCAUUUUCGGAUAUAUCUUCAGAAAUCCUUUUUCCUCUCAUGUUCGGAAAAAGAUAAAUAG